AUGUCCGCCCGAGCGAAGCGUCCCUUUGCUGGGGCGGCGGCCGAUCCGUCGCAGCGCCACAUCACGUCCUUCUUCGCGCCCGGCGAGACCCCCGAAGCCGGCCGCACGCCGCCGCCGCCGCCCCUCCCGGCCAGCGUGCAGGCCAACCUCCUCAGCGUCGGCAUGCGCGUUCGCAAGUCGGUCCCCGAAGGCUACAAGACGGCCGGCCCCAGCGCCUUCAAGCUGUGGACCGACAGCGCCGUCGUGUCGCCCUCGCCCUCCCACCUCCGAUCGGCCGAACUGCUCCCCUUCUGCGGCAUCAACAAGGUCGGCGGUCUCGACGUCCAGCCGCUGCCCGAGCGUGCCGUGCCCGAUCUGGACGCCGUGCCCGAGCUCAGCAUGUCGCAGGAAACCGUCGACGAGGAACCUUGCCGCAAGCGCGCGCUGGAUGAUGAGGAUGUCGUCGCCGUCCGGACGCAGGUCGGCCAGGGCAUGGACAACAACCGCUUGUUGGCCAUCCCGAGAUCCCGUCGCAAACCGACGCGGCGGAUGGUGAGCUCGGCGAACGAGGGUGCCGUCGAAGUCGACGUCGAGGACUUUGAGGAGGCCGAGUUUCUCGUUCUCGACGGUGUCAUGGACACGGCAGACUAG